UCUGUUGAUGGCUUGCAUGAAAAAGGAAUGGUUGAAGAUGUUCAUUGUGGCUCCAUGAAGAGUAUGCGACCUCCUCACACUGGAAUGGGCCCACCUCAGAGUCCAAUGGACCAGCAUAGCCAAGGUUAUAUGUCUCCACAUCCGUCUCCACUAGGAGCACCUGAGCAUGUGUCCAGUCCCAUGUCUGGAGGAGGUCCAACUCCACCCCAGAUGACUCCCAACCAGCCAGGACCCAUUAUACCAGGAGACCCACAAGUUAUGAAUCAACCUAACAGAGGGCCUUCCCCUUUCAGCCCUGUACAGCUGCAUCAGCUACGGGCUCAGAUUCUAGCAUACAAAAUGUUAGCUAGAGGCCAGCCUUUGCCAGAAAACCUCCAGCUUGCUGUUCAGGGCAAGAGGACCCUGCCUGGCAUUCAACAGCAGCAGCCUCCCAGUGCCUUCAACAGACAGUCUGGUAUUGGGUUACAUACAAUGGGUGGUGCUGCAAGUGGACCAGGGCCUGCUCCAGGGAUGCCUGGACAUACAGCUGCCAUUACCCCUAAAACUUGGACUGAAGGCCAGUCCCCAGAUUUGAGUGUCUCCAAUGCGCAGCAAAAGCUUCCUGCGCCACCCCCAAGUGGGAGGCCUUCUCCUGCCCCCCCUGCUGCCCAGCCUGCUGCAGCCAUGCCUGGGCCUUCUGUACCACAGCCACCACCUGGACAGCCUUCACCCAUUGUUCAGCUUCAGCAAAAGCAGAAUCGCAUCAGCCCUAUCCAGAAGCCACAAGGAUUGGAUCCUGUUGAAAUACUCCAAGAACGUGAAUAUAG